AUGGGAUUUUUAACGUAUGAAAAUUAUAAUGACGACACUCAACCGUUUUACAAUAAUUUUUUAAAUAACGGAGAUUCCACCCUGAAUGUCGGUGGCUAUGGGCCAGAAGAUCAAUCAAGUUCGCUGUUCCACGAAAUUAACCCGAACACGGCCGGUUCGUCAUUUGACUACAGCAAUGGUGAAAACAUACACAUCCGAAAGGCAAUUCACCCGUUGGAAAGGAAACUGAUGAACAAGGCCUUUAGAUGCCUGGUCAUAGCAUACCACGACUCGGUGCGAAACUCGGUAUUGGAUUCACUGUCAGAUGUGUACAGCAGAAAACAUUAUUGUAGAUUAGUGUUAAACUCGUUUUUGAUGCCAAUAAGGAAGAAAAGGUACGAAGAGUUGAUGGAGUACGCAGAAGACUAUUCCAUGAAACAGCUCAUACAAAGAUGGAGAGUGCAGGUUUUAACGUUGAACGAAGUCAAAAACAACGAACUGAGGGCAAAGUUAUAUUAUGAAUCGUCAUUGUCGUCGAAGUGCCUGAAAGCAUUUAAAACGUUGGAAAAACAGUCGAGUCUGAAGAACUACAAACUGUUGAGGCUGGUGUUAAUAAUAAAAGGAAACAUAGCGUGUAACAUAAUAUUGCCAUGGAAUGAGUUGACGAAGAAGUAUAAGAGGCUGGACUUAUGUGAAGCUGACCUGACGAAUAACCACAACAAAAUGCUCAAAAACCGGGCGUUUAACAGAAUAUUUAACUUCUACAACCAGAGAGUAGGAGUGUGUAUGUUGGAUGAAUUCGUACGCUAUUACCAGAAGAAGAGAGCAUUAUAUCAAAUAUACGCCUUCUACACAAACAUAUUACAGAAGCAAGUAUGUCUUGAUAAGAAGAUUAAGUUGGUGUUGGCUGAAAAGUAUUUUGAACACUGGAGAUACAUGUCACUGUAUAAGAUAUCAAGUAGCAUAUACAAGUAUAAUAUAAAGUCGAAAUCAUUUAAUAAGCUGAAACAAUUCGCUAACUACAAGAUGCUGUUAAGCAAGAAGGAGCGGCUGGUAUCGAGUGAGAUGAACAGGCACCUGAAGGACAGAGUGUUGACUAAAAUGUCCGAAUAUCACACGAGUAGAAAGUGGAUAAGGACGCUGAUAAAAAAUAUGGGAAACAUAGUGGAAAUUAAUCAAAAAAGAAGCUCAUUUAAGAAGCUGUAUGAACACUAUAAGAUAAUUGAACAUGAGUUGGAGAAUGACCUUAAGGCGCAAAGGUUCACCAAGAUGGUGCUGUUUAACAGAGGAGUAAGAUCGUUGUACGAGUACGCAGUGAAGAGGAGGAGGAAGGGGGAAAAAAGGUCGCUGGCAGCAAUGAACUACAACAGGUACCUGUGCUCGUACGUGUUCGACCACAUGCUGAGGCUGUACACGGAGAAGGAGAACAGGAACAUGAAAGUGCUGGAGCAGUUCAACGAAAGCAGGAACGCGAGUCUGAAGAGGCUCUACUUCAGCUCGUUCAGAAAGGCAAUAGUGAAAACGAUGAGACUGGAAAAACAAUACGAGCUGAUAUCGAAGAAUUAUGAUGCAUACUUGGCGUCCAAAGUGUUUAAGAGCAUUCAUGACGUAAUAAGGACGAAUCACGCGAGAAAAAUUAACGAGAACACAGGAGAAGCAACCACGAGCACGCUGAGUAAUGGCAGAGUGAGCGUGAAGAUGCUGCUGGCGAGCACAAAGCCGCUCAAGAGUGAGUGCCUGUCGUUCCUGCUGUACCUGCUGGCCUUCAAGUCGAAGUUCAACGAGGUGUACCACUCGUACUUCUCGAAGAACGAAGAUGAGUUGGUGAAUAAGCUGAUGGAUAAGCUGACGAGUGAGCAGUUGGGGUCGAUAAAGUCGAGGUACGCGCUGCUCCUGCACGAGACGAGGCUGCUGUACCUGCCACAGAAGAGCCCGUACACGUCGGAGCUGCAGCACUACUUUGAAGCAAUACCGACGGAAAUAUCGAACCUGCUGCAGUAUUUGGCACUAGAUGAGAUAUUUAAGCUCAACAGCGUGCUCAGAGGUAGCAGUGCAGCAUAUGGUAGUGGCUUGCUGAAGCUGCCGCUGUGGAGAAUAAUCAACCUGAAGCUGCUGGUGAGCAAGAAGAGGAAGAUGCUGACGACGUGGAGGACGACGACGGAGACGAAGCUGAAGAAGAAGGCGACUGACGCAGAGUACUACGAGACGUUCAAGGACAUGUCGAAGAUGUUCACCAAAAUCACGUUCUUCGAAGAGUGGGUGGCGCUGACAGCAAAAGUUAUACAGACGAGGAAGGAGAUGGAGCUGCAGAAGUACAGGAGGUUCGCAGAGCACAUCGAGAGCCUGGCGCUGAACAGGAAGGGGCUGGGAUACCUGCUGCUAUACCUGACGUACAUGAGCAGCAGGUACUCGGGAGUGGAGCUGAACGCGAAGGUGCGAGUGUGGCUGAUAAGGUUCCUGAAGAACAACCAGAACUUCCAGCACGCGAGCAUGGUGGCGGUAUACCUGAGAAACCAGCGGAUCUUCACGAGCUGGAAAAACUUCAGCCUCUGGUACUCAAAGAUCAAGAGGGACGCGCUGGAGUUCAACAGGAUCAACGUCCUCGUGAAGUCGUUCAAGCUCUGGUUCACGUCGACGGCGUACCUGAACAACAGGAGAGAGGAGCUGGGCGCGACGAUCAGCGGCACGAGCGACACGAUACUGAAAUACGCGUCGCUGACCGCAUGGCACAAGCUGAGUAGGCUGCACAAGGUGAUCGACCCGAGGCAGAAGGACCGGAGCCUGAUGGCGAAGUCGAUGAAAGUGUGGAAGGAGCACACGGAAUCGGCGCUGCAGCGAAGGCACAACGGCCUCAGCAGGAAGGACCUGGUGAUCACGGACAAGAGCUACCAGCUGAAGGCGCUGAGGGCGAAGUACCUGCGGAGCCUCUACGUGAACUCGCUGAACCACUGGAAACGCUCCCACUGCGUGCUGGACACGAACUUCGAGGUGCUGGAGUGCAUCUACAGCUUCGCGCGCACCAGCAGGCUCAUCCAGGCGCUGCGCGUGCUCCAGGAAAACUUCAUGGACCGCAGGUGGAACGAGGUGUGCGCGUACCGGGUGCUCAACUUCGAGAGCACGAUGAACUUCAGGACGAAGGCGAGGGUGUUCAACCACCUCAAGGGCCUGGUUAAGCCCGGCAUUGACGGCCUGCUGAGCGCGUGCGACCCGGAGUGCCUGGACGCGGCGCCCAGAACCCGCGAGUCCACCGAGACCCUGCCCCUGCCGGCGCUCGCAAGCGGCCACGCGGCCGUCGCCACCACGAUGGCGGGCGCGUCGAUCAACAACAUAACGAACAACUCGCCAGGCCUCUCGCCCAGCGAACGCAGCUCACUCCAGUUUGCGACGGUGCCGUCUCUGCAGCAAAGUCCCAUGAAGGGGGCGCUCCCAAUGGAGCUGCUGGACAUCAGCAAGGUCGCGAUUCUGCUCAAUGGGCCCCCUGAAGGUGAGUGUCCGGUGGACACGGACUCACUGGUGCAAUCGAUAUCGGACAUGGUAUGA